AUUAUUUUUCUUACAGAUCGUUACAAAAUCUUUUAAUUUUCCGAUGUAUAAAACAUGCAAAAUAACGCGUAAGUAAAUACGCUGAUAAAAAGUCAGUCAUGGCUUAAACAAUGGAAUAUGGAAUUAAUUAAACUGAAAAUGGGAACCUGACCAACAAUGAGGCUAUUUUAUGUGAUAUUUCUCUAUUGUUUGUGUAUGUGCUUUGACAAUAAUCAAAGCAAAUCUGAUAGCCCAACAACAAAUAAACCGGGCUUGCUUCCCCAGGACCUUGUGUCAAACUUAUCAAACGUCUUUGAGGAGCAAGACAUCGAAAAUGACACUACAGAAAUUCUCCCACAGCAAGAGUCUUCAACUGCAAGUGUUAACCGAUCCGUGAUAGAAGUUUGUAGUGAUACGUGCUCGUGUAGUGUGGAACAAGAUGAAGAAAAUACAUUGCUAUGUGUCAAACCUAACAGUCUUGACAAGUUUCCAUUACUUAAUGAUUCAUCUUUAAUGGGGAAUAUUACAGUUAUACUGAUUGAAAAUCAGAAAGAUCUGCUAAGACUUGACACCAGGGAUUUACUUCCAUACGUUUCUCUGGAAAAAUUAACAAUCCAGAAAUGCGGACUGCGAUAUAUAUCUGUAGAUAUUUUCAAACACUAUACCUACAUUCCGUCAGUAAACCUUGCAGAGAACCAGCUUAGUUACCUGCCGUGGAAAAUAGUCGCCAUUACUCCUACAUAUUUAAAUAUACAAGGGAACCCGCUGGUUUGCAACUGUAGCGUGUGGUGGAUAAAACAGGCUUUUAAGAAUAACUGGUUAACCGGAAGUAAAAACACUUUAUGUUCCGAUGGCAAACCAGUCGCUGAAGUAGAUUUACCAGACUGUGGUCCACCAACAGUAACUAUUGAUCCACCUGUGCUAGAGCUAAAUGAAGGGGAAAAGGCCACAAUUCUGUGUUCUGGAGGUGGUACUCCUCAACCGCGCGUGUCUUGGAAUAUUUCUGACGUCACUUCCAAUCUAACACUGACGUCAUCUGAAGACGGUCGGGUUCAAAAACUGGUUAUAACUAAUGCUAGUGCUCCAAUAAUUAAGGAAAUGCACGUGACAGACGGGUUCUACACGUGCAUUCACUACACGAUCAUCAGUUAUCCCGAGCCAACUUUAAAGUGGUUUAACGACGGACAGCCAUUAACAAUUUUAGGAGACGAUGCCUCCAUUGAACACAAGCCUAGAACACUUGUUGGAAGUAUAGCCAAUGACACCAGACAAAGGUUAAUUAGAGGGUGCCUUUCCUUCAAAAUGGUAAAUUUUCUACACAACGGAAAUUACACUCUGGUUGCACUGAAUGAACUUGGGUCAGCAAAUAGGAGUAUACGGUAUCACAAACAAGUCCCUCACGUGUCAGGGGGUCGAGUUCAUUCAGGUGGUAGCUUCAAUCUUAAUCCUUUUGUUCCAACAACAAAUGAGGACGAUGGGAAUAGUUCAGUCGGUAAAAUAAAACACGAGCAGAAAGAAGAUAAAAACAUCCAAAUAUAUAUCAUCAUUGGUGUUGGUGUGAUCCUCUUUGCCACUACCAUGAUCAUCUCUAGCCUGUGUUAUAUAAAGUUUAAGAGACUCGAUCCGAAGAGGUUUGCUAGAGAUGUGGGGCCCCAUUCUCCACAUAACCACGAAAGCAUGCCACUCACGUCGUACCAGAUUGUGGAAAACCUCAAUUAUUGUAGUAAACCUGAUUUUCUAGAUUUAGCUAUUAACCAUAUACGUCCCGAGUUUGUAAGCUGCAUUGAGCCACUUGGCGAAGGUGCCUUCGGAAGGGUAUAUCUUGGUCGGUGUGAAAACAUGCCAAAGGAAGGUGAAAAUGUAAUGGUUGCUAUUAAAAUGCUCAAAAAUGAUAUGACAGAAGAUUCACUAAAAGACUUCGAAAGAGAAGCUGAAGUGCUUACAAAUAUGGAUCAUAAAAAUAUAGUGACAUUUUAUGGUGUCUGUGUGCAGGAGGACACCUGUAUGAUGAUAUUUGAAUAUAUGCAGAACGGCGAUUUAAAUAACUAUUUAAGAAAACAUGGUCCUGAUGCAUCUAUAUUUGGUAAUCUCCGUCCCAAUUCCAUGUUAAACGAGUCAGAUUUACUUCACAUAGGUUUGCAGGUCGCUGAUGGAAUGUCAUAUUUAGCAUCACACCAUUUUGUUCAUCGUGAUUUGGCGACAAGGAAUUGUUUAGUAGGAGAUUCGUUAGUUGUCAAAAUAGGAGACUUCGGGAUGUCACGUGAUAUUUAUAGUACAGAUUAUUAUAAGGUUGGCGGAAGCGUCAUGUUACCAGUAAGAUGGUUGCCCCCAGAAUCAUUAUUAUAUCGUACAUUUACCAUAGAAUCAGACAUCUGGAGUUUUGGGGUGGUGUUGUGGGAAAUUUUCUCAUAUGGGAAACAACCAUGGUUCCAUUUAUCGAAUCACGAGGUCAUUCAGUACAUUAUAGACGGACAUCUGCUGGACUGCCCAGCAACUUGCCCGGAAGAGGUUGGGAAAAUAAUGAUGAGCUGUUGGAAGAGACAGCCCCAGGAACGUAUGGCAAUGUCUGUCAUUUACAAACAUUUAGAAAGACUGUCUAUGCUGAGUGACGUGUCUUCAGGUCAAACGCCACCAGUGUUUGGCUGUCAGGUGUAACCUUUCUUAUCAUGCAUUCCUUUCUGGACACAUAAUCAUCAAGCUUAUAGCAUAUCCAUUGCAAAGGGACCAUAUUUGAAACUUUACAAUACAAGAAGAGUUGCAUAAAUUAUUCAGAAUUUGCAAAAAAAACGGUCUCAGAUUGUACGUUGUGGAAUCUUUGACAUGCUUCUCUGUUAAUUAUCCGGAUUUUUAUUAUAACUUCAAGUAUAUGUCCACAGAGUGAAAAAAAAUAAUUUAAAAACAUGGUUAAAAUGAACUGUGAUUUUUGUUAUAAUAUUUCAUAAAAUGCUGCAAAGGUUAUUUGUAAUUAAUCUUACUUGCAUUGACACAAAAAAUGCUUAUGAAUGAUUUCAAUUUAAACAAAUUUACCUCCUAUUACAGACAUAAAUAGCUAUUUGCCUUUAUUGACUUAAGAGUAAGAUUUUGUAUAUAACAAGAGCUAUAUGUACAUGUAAAUAAUCAUUCGGUGUUAUUUAAAUAUCCUAAUUUAAAUUGUUAAAUGUAUAAAAAGCAAGAAAAUCCAAGUACCUACUUAUAUGUGUUCAUUUUAUUGUAAAUGCGCUGGCUUGAAAGAAUGUUUGUCAGUAUAUGUACCGAACUAAAGAAAAACGUAAUUUGACCCAUGUCCUGCUGAAUUUGUAUAUUGGAUUUGCCCGAUUGAAAGAAUAUUAAACCCGGCGUCCGUGUCCCACUUUGGUUUAGUAUUUGUGUGAUGAAAGUUGGUAUCUCUAAAACUACUGAAAGGAACGGCUUGAAAUUUCACACACUUAUUUAAGAGCAUAACAGAUGGUCACUGUUUAAGGUCCAUAACGCUAACCUGGAUUUUGACAGAAUCAUGACCCUUUUCUUCAACUUUAAGAAUUCUACAUUAUCCAGGCACUUGUUUAACAAUCAAGAACCAUGUAAACCACGCAGUUCUGAUGACAGCUCUUGUUGAAGGAACAGUCUAUUUAAAAUUAAUGGGAUGUCAAUGUUAAAAUACAAAAAUAAGCGGGUUCUAUAAUUGUGAUAAAGGCUUUUAGCUUGCGGUUCCUGCAGGUUAAAGGUUAGUAACCCCGUUGAUGCCUCUUUAAAUCUGCCAGUAUGUUAAACUUUAGUUACAUUUUUGUAGUUCGGUCAGUGUAACUUUAUACUUAACAACGAAUUAUUCGAUAUUUCCUUUUCAAUUUGUAUUUUGUCUAAUUAUAUCAUAGUAUACUAUAGUUAUUGACCAUGUACAAAAAGUAUAAUAUCAUUAUUGUUUGACCAUGUACAAAUGUAGUAUAUCAUUGUUAUUGACCAUAUACAAAUGUAGUAUAUCAUUGUUAUUGACCAUAUACAAAUGUAGUAUAUCAUUGUUAUUGACCAUGUACAAAUGUAGUAUAUCAUUGUUAUUGACCAUGUACAAAUGUAGUAUAUCAUUGACCAUGUACAAAUGCAGUAUAUUAUUGUUAUUGACCAUGUACAAAUGGAGUUUAUCAUUGUUAUUGACCAUGUACAAAUGUAGUAACACUGUUAUUGACCAUGUACAAAUGUACAAUAGUAUAACACUGUUAUUGACCAUGUACAAAUGUACAAUAGUAUAACACUGUUAUUGACCAUGUACAAAUGUAUAUAACAUUGUUAUUGACCAUGUACAAAUGUAUAUAACAUUGUUAUUGACAAUGUACAAAGGUGGUAAAUCAUAGUAAUUGAUCAUGAAACAUAUCGCUGUACAUAGAAUCUUGUUCAACGACUUGAUUUUACCUCGUCUUUUAUU